GACGCACAGUGGAUAUGGGCGGGCUGGGGAUGGGCAGAUUUAAAAAAAAAAAACACCGCUUGCUAGACACCCGGGUGGGCGGGCACAGCUGUGUACCUACGUAGGUGGCUUGGGGGGAGUGGAGAGGGCAGAGGCAGGCAGAAGCAUAGGGAGCUGGCUAGCUUACUGGGGACCUAGCUUAACGGGAGAGAAGGGGGGGGUGUCGGCCGGGUGGUCGGGCCUCGCAUAGGAGAGGGAAGUCGGUAGACUGUAUCGGCCCCACGGAGGCCACGAAGGCGGAUACCAACCAUCCUGCGAGUGUAUGAGGAUGGGGACGAGGGCAUGGGUGGAGGAUGGGGAUGAGGUCGAUUACGCCGAUGCACACGUGCGUUCCGUAGAUCGUAUUGCGGCCACGUUUUUCUUUCCCCCUUGUCUUUUUUCUUUCUUGGCCUCGUUCGUUGGGUGUGUCCCUUCCUUCCGCCCUCUCCUGGCCUUUGGGCCUGUUGGGGAACCCUACCGACUCGUUACCGAGAUAGACAGAGACGGCUGGCUAUCUAGAUGGACGAGUGGGCGUGUAUGGAUGGAUGAUGGGUGGAUGCUCUGCUCUGCUAUCCCGCUCUUCUACCGCGUGCUAUUCAGCUCCCCCCGUAUCUCGCGCCCCUCGUCCUGGACCUCUCCUUUUCUUUCCUACUGCUGUUGUUUCGGCUCUGGGCUGGGACAACGAGAACCCCUAUCCUCUGACUGGCAGUUCGUAUCGCUGUUCCCACCUCGGCCGUGAUGUGGGUGUACACAUAUAAUAUGAGAAGGUGGCGGCGGAGUAAGGCCUCUCGCCCAGGGGCAGUGAGGCCGGUGGAUGGGUAUAAGCGCCAGGCCACCCACCCGCAGAGCCCAAGCUGGAUGUAUUUCGCUCCCAGCGGAACGAGGGAGGGGGAGUGCAUGCUGGCAAAGAGGGGGGCCCGAGGCAAACGACAGCAAAACAAGCUAGAGGCGAACCAGCCGUUCCCAACAAGCUGGCUCUACGCUCCUAUUCUCGUCUCCCCCCGCCCCCCCCCCCCUUUUG